GUUGGACGCAGGUUAUUAAACAAGGUCUUUCAACAAAACUUCCGAGGUUAAAAACCGUGGCACCACUAAAGGUUUUUAAAAAUUGAGGUAACUCAGCUUCAAUAUUAGCGGCAUUAGCAUGGGCGGACAACAACAACAACAAAUUUUAAAAAGAUUCAACAAAAAUGCUUUUUACUCAACUUCAAAUUGAAGAUUUUGAAUUUUUUGAAAAGUUGGGAUCUGGAAGUUUUGGCUCAGUUUAUAGAGCUAGAUGGAUCUCACAAAAUAAAGAAGUAGCAAUUAAAAAAGUGCUGUCUCUUGAUAAAGAGGCAGAGAUCCUUGGUGUAUUAAGUCAUAGAAACAUUAUUCAUUUUUAUGGAGCAAUUAUCAAUGCACCAAAUUUCUGUUUAAUUACAGAAUAUGCAAAACAUGGAUCACUUCAUGACUAUUUGGUGAAUCAUGAGCUUGACUUUCUUCAAAUUUUGACUUGGUCAGAACAAAUAGCUUUAGGAAUCAGUUAUUUACAUAAUGAAGCACCAUUUACAAUCAUUCACAGAGAUCUGAAGUCAAAAAAUGUUGUCAUUACUGGUGACAUGGUUGUCAAGCUUUGUGAUUUUGGUUCUUCUCGCUAUUUGGAUCAAACAACUAAAAUGUCAUUAGCUGGUACUUUUCCAUGGAUGGCGCCUGAGGUUAUUCAAUCAAUGCCAAUAUCUGAAGCUUGUGACACCUAUUCUUAUGGGAUUCUAUUAUGGGAAAUGUUAACUAGGGAAGUGCCAUUUAAAGGUAUGGAAGGUGUUCAAGUAGCAUGGCUUGUUGUUGUAAAAGAAGAGAGGUUAACAAUUCCAUCAUCAUGCCCACCUGAGUUUUCAAAUCUACUAGUCUCAUGUUGGAAAACUGAUCCAAAGCUGCGACCAAAUUUUAAACAAAUACAGGCGAUUAUUAAUAAAAUGCUUGAUAACAAUGCUUUGGCUGAAGAAACCAAUUCAUUUAUACGUAACAAAAAGGAUUGGCAAGCAGAAAUUGAACAAACUGUUCUUAGACUUAAAAAAAUGGAGAAAAACUUAUCUUCUAAAGAACAAGAGUUACACGAGCGUGAACUUCGACUCUUAAAAAAAGAACAGAAAAUAAACCUUGUAAAAAUGCUCAACAAAACAAAGCUUGUUGAUUGGGAUGAAUCUGACGUAUAUUGCUGGAUUGAGCAGCUGGGUAAUGAAGCAAUUGAUCUGUACCCAUAUAGUCAAAUUUUCUUUGACAAUCAUAUCAAUGGAAGGAGAUUGAGUUUACUUACAAAUGAAGAUUUGAAAUAUAUGGGAAUUUUAUCACAUGGGCAUAGACUUGAUUUAUUGGAUCAAAUUAGUAAAUUAGUUGAAGAAUUAGAACAUUUGCAUCAUUUCCCACCUCUUCAUCAGGUUCCAAGUAUUGAAAGUCAAAUACGUAAUCAAAAAGUCCAAAAUUUAACCCUAAUCUUUGGAAAUCAUUGUAGACUGGGACCUACUCCAAUGGACCAUAAAUGGAAGUUGUUUAUUGAAGUAGAUGGUGAUGAUGAAGCUAUACUUGCAAUUAAGGAAGUUCAUUUAAUAUGGCCUGAAGAUCAAUUGACCAUUCAAGAACCACCAUAUGUAAUGCAUAGAUGGAUAACUGUUCCUGGAAAUAACUCACCAAUAUUUGUGGAUUGCAUUGUUUCUUACAAGAAUUCAAUUAAGAAGCCUCAUUCAACAAAACACCGCCAUGAAGUUUUAAUAAAAGAAGGUGGAAAUGUUAUUCAGAAAACUAUUCAAUUAACAUUAAAGGAAACUGCGACACUUAAAUGUUUCCCAAGCUUAACUUCUGGAUUAGAUGAUGGGUACUCCUCAGCUGCUGUUACUAGCUCUGCCCCUCCAUCGCGUUCUUCGACAGUUUCUCUUAAAGUUGAAAUACCAGCACCAAAUUUAGUUGGAGAGUCAAAUGUUAUUUCUUGGGCUAACAAAGUUAAAGGGCAGUCGCCAAAGUUGUUUAUGCCAAGAAUAAUCUCAGAUGCAAACAAUGAAGUUUUUAUGAGGAAUCUAGACAUCUCUCGUGAAUGUUCGUCACCUAUAGUUAAGCGCCAAAUGUCAGGAAAGAACUCGCCUUCUGGGAGAGGUAAGGGGUCUCCUUUUUUUCAAAACAACGCCAGUAAUAGUCGCUAUUUCGCUCCAGUAGAAAGUCCUAUAAUUGAUGAAGGAAAUCCAGAUAAAGGCAGUAAAGUUGGCCCAGUCUGGACUGUUGUGAGGCAUAAUCGAGAAACAAAGACUACUAGCAGUGCAAUUGAAACAAAUGCCUUUCGUGGAUUGCAAACUCGUGGUCGCGUUCAAUCGAAUCGUGGAAGAUAUUGUAGAAGUCAAAGCGAUCAACAAGCUGGAAAUAAACAGGAUGCAGGAAAUUCGUUUAAAAAUAAAUUGAACUAUAGCGAUGGUGACCGUCCAUUUAGAGGAAGGGGAGGAUUCCGUGGUAGAGGAAGAGGUUAUCCGAAAACAUAACCUUUUUGUUCAAUUGCUGUCCCCCUUAUUAAAUUAUGUUCAUUAAAGAUUUUUGAGUUCAUUAAAAUUUAGAAGAGAUAUUGUUUCAAUUAUAGUUGAAAUUAUUUCGCAUUUUUAUUUAUCAUGGAGUGUUGUAAAUUUUAUUAUAUUUUCAAUUUUAUUAUUUUUUUAAAUUUUAAUUAAGUAUCAUUUCAUUCUAAAUACAGUUUUUUUAAAUCUUUUUUGCUGAUCGGGUCAAAAUGAGGCCAAACGUGAUGGAAAAAAAUUGACUUGCUAGGUUGCUCCCAAAAAAACAAAAAAAACAAGUGAGUUCUUUUAUUGAUUAUUGUUUUCUCUUAAAAAAUCAUCUUUAACAUUUCUUUCGGUCGUGUAUUAUUAUCAGUAAUAAUUUUUUUUUCUCGGAAUAUUUCCUUAUUAAUAAUUGUAAUAAAAUUAAUUUUCAGAUGAAUAUUUUUAAAUAUAUUUAUAAACGUUUUAUAGCAUAUAUACAUUACAAAUAUACGAAUAAACUAGACAGAAAAAAGAUUUA